AAACGUUUCUGUUUCAGCAACUAAUAUUGUCAUAGAUGAAAAAAAUGGCCGACCUUGAAGUAUGGGAAAUAGUGGUUAUUGUAUUAUCAUGCGUUCUUGUGGUAGUUCUGUUCUCUGCAUUCUGUAUAUGGAGGUGUUGUUUCCAACAAAACCGAAAAAGAACUUUCGAAUGGAUCGAGAGACUUGGAAUACCUUUUGCAAGGGAAGGGAAAUCUUCAGGCGACGCAAAUUUUAACAGUCAAAAACAGUAUCGGGUUCGCGUCCAAAUUCCAGUGGAAGUCGGCCAAGACAAUCCAAAUCUAGAAGAUGAGAGGACCUUUCAAAUAUUUACACCGACUUCACAAGUAAACUAUAACUUAGAAAAACAAAAUGGUGAUGUUAAUGAUAGUAAUGAACCUUUCAAGAGAUUGGAUCAGUUAGGUAUACCACGUGCUAGAAGAGAAAACACACUUGAUUCAAAGGGUAGGCCUCCGUCAUCCCCUCUUCCAAAUCCUGAUAGCGAUUCAAGCGAUGAGGAGUAUGAUGAGGAGAAUGAAAAUGAAACCUGACGAGGAGUCGAUGAAUUUAUUGAUAUGUUUAAAGAUGAACGCUCGAACCUUAUCAUCACUGAUUGUGUGUGAAUAUCUAAAUGAACAGCAAGCGUGUCUUAACCUCCCUUGCACGUCCUGGUGAAACUUGUGAUGACUUUUAUCAGCGCAGGAAUGAUUCCGUUAAUUUUUAAUUUUUGUUGUAUCUCGUUUGGGUUUUUGAAGUUUAAUUUAUGUUGAGUAAUGUUUGAACUAAUACGUCUAAAAAUCUGAA